AUGCCGCCUCCGUUAAAGAUGGCGAAAACGCCCUCAAAGAAAGUCGCUGCUGACUCACUUAGUCGAGCACCAGUGCCGUCCUCGCCUUUCUGGCACUGUGUAGGCGGAAGCCUCUGGUGGCGCCACUACUGCCCUGAGGCGCGAACGCGCUUCUACGGGCCUUCUCAGUCUCCGAACCCCGAGUCGAAGGAGCGUGACCGGCUGGCCCCCUCCAGUGAGCCUGCGCCAAGCGAACCCACCCGCGGCGUCACUGGAGUAUCAGCUUUGCUUACUGGUUACAAGCGCACCGUGCGUAAUUCCACUGAUCAGCCAGACUGCUGUGCUCUCGGGGAUGAAGACGAGUGCCCGCUCAAAGUAUGGAACCCCCGUCGGCUCUGUGCACGCGUGGAUCUUGGCAUGGAUCCUGCUGGAUCUUCCGGGCCAACCGAGAAGCAAGACUAUUCAGCUGUUGGUGCCGACCGCCGUGAGAUCGGAUGCGCUGGUAUCGCCUUGUUUGACAUGGAUGGGACCCUUAUCACGACAAAAAGUGGGAAAAAGUUCCCGCAGAGCUCGAGCGACUGGAAGUUGCUCCAUCCAUCUCAUAUAGUACAGAAGAUGAAGUACUUAGUGGACGAGGGAUACCACGUCGUCGUGCUCUCGAAUCAACUUGGCGUUCAGAAAGGUCACACGGCGUUAGCGUCGCUAACUGAGAAGUGUGACAGUCUCCAGGAGGCGCUCAGCGUGCCUGUAACGAUCUGCCUUGCAGUUGAUGACGACCUUUUCCGGAAACCAAGGACGGCGGCGGCGUCGUUCAUAUUUGGUGACCUUGUUUCGCAUCUGCACCGCACGAAAUGCUGUGUCAGCUGGCAUGAACUGUGCGUAACACAGGGUUCUGGGGGAUCGUGGAGCUUCCGCCGACAGCGGCUGUCGGCAUAUCCCCCGGUGUUUUACGUGGGGGACGCAGCUGGCAGGCUAGGCGACUGCACAGGUGCGGCUGCUACCGACAAGCGCGCAGGUCAGAGGGCAAAAGGCAGUGGAAACGCAAAGGGGAAAGCAAAAGACCACAGUGCGGCGGACUUGAAAUUCGCGCUGAACGUCGGAGUACCCUUCUUCACUCCGGAGCAGUUUUUUCUCGAACUGGAGGAAGCGGCUCCACCACUGAUUGCUCAUAUCACAGGGCGUACCGUAGUCGAGGGUUCAUCACGUCGCGGGUGGAGUCGCCAAGUCCUCCAGCGGGAGGAAUGCGCAACGCAUGCCAGCGGUGUACAAUCAAUGACAAGUUCUACCGCAGGGCGGGCAGGAGCUGAUCGAACCGGUUCUGCCUCAGUCUAUGCCGUGCCUGUUAAAGCCUCCAGAGGCCCUGCCACUAACCCGCCUGCGAAGUCUCACCCGUUCGACCCAUUUGUCUUGUUGAAAUCAGGAAGUGAAAAGCCGCAGACGACGCGCGAGCAUGUUUGCAGGUUACGGAGUUCUCAAAGUACUUGCUUGUCGGCCGGAGACAGUCGGCCUGCUGCUUCGGGAGGGAAAGUGGCAGCGGCUAACGAUGGCGUGGAGGACUCCGAGGGAAAGAUAGCAAGUUCGUCGUCUACGUCAAUUGCAAAAUUGGCCGAGGGGGGACCCGAGCGGCCAGUCACACAGCCGGAACUUGUCAUUCUUGUCGGCGCACCAGGCAGCGGAAAGAGCACGUUGGCGGAAACUGUGUUCGCAGACUACACUUGCAUUCGCCAAGAUGAUCUGAAGACACAGAAAAAGUGUCUCAACGCGUGUGAAGCCGCUCUCGCACAAAAGCACAACGUUGUCGUAGAUAUGCAGAAUGCCACGCGCCAAACACGUGAUCCGUACAUCAAGCUCGCGAAAGGACUUGGCACUCAUCGCGUCCGGUGCGUGGUUCUUAACUGGCCAAAAGAAAUGUGCAAGCACAUGAACACGUACCGCACUCUGGUGGGACGCGAGAGGGUCAAGCGACUGCAAAGUCGUCUCUCCUCGGCUUCUGAAGCCGAUGCGAGCCCGACCCAAAGGCCAAGCACACGGUUCCGGACGGAAUCCGUUCCAUCGUUCGUUCUAGAGAACUUUUACAGGCAAGUUGAGCUGCCAUCCAUUGAGGCGGAAGGCGUGGAUGAUGUUGUAAUGUUCGACGAUACUGAACGCCACUUCGUCUGGGAAAACUUUUCAAAUGAAGAUGAGCGGGAGCUGUUCUUCUCGUUUCUCGAUUGA